ACUGGACCAUUGCCGGCCUUUGGAACAUUGCUGGUCUCUGGACCAUUGCCCGUCUCUGGACCAUUGCCUGUCUCUGGACCAUUGCCUGUCACUGGACCAUUGCCCGUCUCUGGACCAUUGCCUGUCACUGAACCAUUGCCGGCCUUUGGAACAUUGUGGUCUCUGGACCGUUGCCACUCUGUAUUGCGCUCAAACGGUAUUUCUAACCUAGUUUUUGAAUGGAAGGACUGAAGCAUAAAUAUACAAAGAAAUAAAAUCUUACAGAAUAACAAUAGGAACAUGGCACUCCUCCUUGAUGACGCCCCACUCCUCCUUGAUGACGCCCCAUCCCUCCUUGUUGACGCCCCACUCCUCAUUGACGACACCCCAAUCCUUGCUGAUGACACCCCAUCCCUCCUUGAUGACUCCCCACUCCUCUUUGAUGACCUCAUAUAGGCAUCACCCGGUCGACCCCCCCCCUCCCAAUAACCUUGGCUCUUUCAUUAACAUUAUGAUACUGAGAAUGAUCAAGGGAAGUCAUGGGUGGCCUGUCAUGGUUGGCUGGUCGUGGGUGGCCUGUCGUGGUUGGUCUGUCGUGGGUGGCUUGUCAUGGGUGGCCUGUCAUAGGCCUGUCAUGUGUGGCCUGUCGUGGGUAUCCUGUCGUGGUUGGUCUGUCAUGGGUGGCUUGUCAUGGGUGGCCUGUCAUGGGUGGCUAGUCAUGGGUGGCUUGUCGUGGGUGGCCUGUCGUGGGUGGCUUGUCAUGGGGGGCCUGUCGUGGGUGGCUUGUCGUGGGUGGCCUGUUAUGGGUGGCUUGUCAUGGGUGGCCUGUCGUGGGUGGCUUGUCGUGGUUGGCCUGUCAUGGGUGGCUUGUCGUGGUUGGUCAGUCAUGGUUGGCUUGUCGUGAGUGUCUUGUCGUGGAUGGCCUGUCAUGGAUUAGUGGUUUAAUUCCCCCCCCCCCAAAAAAAAAGGGGGGGGGGUGGCUGUGGGUCAUGUGGUUUUUCCACGUCUAGUUGUCUACACCCGGGAUUGGCAGUUGGUGACAGACGACAGUCCUCCAAUGUCGGGGCCCCACCCUCUUGUUGUGCUGGACUUUGCACUCUUGAAUUAGCCACAGACAAUUAGUGUAUAAGUUCAUUGUAGUGUAUGAUAAGUUCAUUGUAGUAUGAUAAUUUCAUGUCAACUUGUAACUUAUGGGACGGGCCGCCCCCCCCCCACCCCCAGGACUGUGUGCUGUAAAGGACACACAGACGUGUGUAGCCCACGUGUCAGCACAGGGCCGUGACGGCCUUUUCACCCAUGAUACCCGUAACACAUAGUAUUAUUAAAGGGAAGACCUCACUGUCACAUGACACCUCGCUGUCUCAUGGACAACUUGAGCACUCCUCAAAUGACAAUGACAACUUGAGCACUCCUCAAAUGACAAUGACAACUUGAGCACUCCUCAAAUGACAAUGACA